AUUUACUCAGUAUUACAUCGUUCAAGGUUCACAUCAGACGUGUCAAGCAUGACAGAAAAAGUCGCAGUUGUUACUGGCGCUAAUAAAGGCUUAGGAUUUUCUGUUGUCAAACUGUUGUGUCAAAGAUUCAAUGGUGUUGUAUAUUUAACUUCCAGAAGUGAAAAAAGGGGAAUAGAAGCCGUGAAGAAGCUGAACGCGUUAGGAUUAAAACCACUUUUCCAUCAAUUAGAUGUCACUGACAGAAAUAGUAUUAAAGUAUUUGCAAAUCAUAUCCAAACAAAGCACGGAUAUUUGGAUGUUCUCGUUAACAACGCGGGUAUAUUAGAAUGGGAACAGGUAUACCCUACAUACGAAGUCGCUAAAAGAAAUAUCGAUACAAAUUAUCGUAGUCUACUAGAUAUUGAGGAGUAUUUAUAUCCGUUACUACGAGAUGGUGCUAGAGUUGUCAACGUUUCAAGCGCAUGUGGCCAUCUUUCGAACUUAAAAAAUAAAAAAUGGCUCAGCAUUUUGACAAAAGAAGAUUUAAAAACUGAAGAUAUAAAUAACUUUGUCGGUAGCUAUUUAGAAAGUGUGAAAAACGGAACGUUUAACAAAGAAGAUUUUGCCGAUAGCGGGAAACACGCAGAGCAUAGGGUUUCGAAAAUUGCAUUGACCGCGUUGACUAUGGUACAGCAACGAAAAUAUAAUGAUAGAAACAUUUCUAUUAACGCUGUUCAUCCUGGCUAUGUAAAUACAGAUAUGGCCCUGGGAAAAGGGAAAGUAGACCCAGAUAAAGCGGCCGAGCUAAUUCUAUAUCUUAUCUUAGAGGCAUCGCCAAAUUUGAGAGGCGUAUUUUUAUGGCAUAAUAAAAAAAUAGUGGAUUGGUAUGACGUUGAAGGUGAUUAUUACUAUAAACAUGAAGAUUAAAUUAAAGUAUAUUGUUAUGACUUGAGCAAUAAACAAUUUAACGCAUUUA